AAAAUAACUAGACUACAAUAGAGUUUCGUUUUGGUGUCAAUUUCUGCAAGCACCACCACACCCUCUCUUAUAUCACCACCAUCAUCACAUCACAUCACAUUCUCAUUCACACUCUUCACCUUAUUCUCUAUCCUCGUUCUCUUCUCUCCACACGUAGCCUCGCAUCCUUCCUCUUCUCUCGAAGCUAUGGCCACUGCUACCGAGAAGCUCUCCAAUCUCAAACCCGCUGUUGCCGGAUUGAACCAGAUCAGUGAGAAUGAGAAGAACGGAUUCAUCAACCUCGUCUCUCGCUAUCUCAGUGGCGAAGCUCAGCAUGUCGAAUGGAGUAAGAUCCAGACUCCUACUGAUGAAGUGGUUGUGCCUUACGAGAGCUUGGCGCCAACUCCUGAUGGUUCUUCAGAGAUAAAGAAUCUCUUGGACAAGCUUGUGGUGUUGAAGCUUAAUGGAGGCUUGGGGACAACUAUGGGUUGCACUGGUCCAAAAUCCGUCAUUGAAGUUCGUGAUGGGUUGACAUUUCUAGAUUUAAUUGUCAUCCAAAUUGAGAAUCUCAAUUCCAAAUAUGGAAGCACUGUUCCUUUGCUUUUGAUGAACUCAUUCAACACUCAUGAUGACACUCAAAAGAUUAUUGAAAAAUACAAAAACUCGAAUAUUGAGAUUCAUACUUUUAACCAGAGCCAGUAUCCUCGAUUGGUUGUGGAUGACUUUUUGCCAUUGCCCUCCAAAGGGAACACUGGCAAGGACGGAUGGUACCCUCCUGGCCAUGGGGAUGUCUUCCCAUCAUUAUUGAACAGUGGCAAACUUGAUGCACUAUUAUCAAAGGGUAAAGAGUAUGUGUUUGUUGCCAAUUCGGAUAACUUGGGAGCUAUAGUUGACUUGAAAAUCUUAAAUCAUUUGAUCCAGAACAAGAAUGAAUACUGUAUGGAGGUGACUCCCAAAACAUUGGCAGAUGUAAAGGGUGGAACUUUGAUUUCUUAUGAAGGAAGAGUUCAGCUCCUGGAAAUCGCCCAAGUCCCAGAUGAACAUGUCAGUGAAUUCAAGUCAAUAGAGAAGUUCAAAAUUUUCAACACAAAUAAUUUGUGGGUGAACUUAAAAGCAAUUAAAAGGCUUGUUGAAGCUGAUGCUCUUAAGAUGGAGAUUAUUCCGAACCCAAAGGAAGUUGAUGGAGUAAAAGUUCUUCAGCUGGAAACUGCAGCUGGUGCAGCGAUAAGGUUCUUUGACAAGGCUAUUGGUAUUAAUGUUCCUCGAUCCCGAUUCCUUCCCGUGAAGGCAACUUCAGACUUGCUUCUUGUCCAGUCGGACCUCUACACUUUGGAAGAUGGAUUUGUAAUUCGGAACAAAGCUAGGGAAAAUCCUGAAAACCCUUCUAUUGAAUUGGGGCCGGAAUUUAAGAAGGUUGGCAACUUCUUGGACCGGUUCAAGUCAAUUCCUAGUAUUGUUGAGCUCGACAGUCUAAAAGUGGCUGGUGAUGUAUGGUUUGGAGCUGGUGUUAUUCUCAAGGGGAAAGUCAGUAUCGUAGCAAAACCUGGUGUAAAGCUGGAAAUUCCUAACGGAGCUGUAAUUGCGAACAAGGAAAUUAAUGGCCCAGGUGACCUGUGAGGAAGCUAAUGAGUUUAAUGCAUCAGACCGACCGUAUACAAUCUUGACAGUCUUGUGUUAUUUCAAUUAUGUAUUACUCCAACUUUGAUAGGAAAAUAAAAUAAGGUGUAUUUUGUUGAGGAUGUCUCAGUAUGGAGCUUUGCUGGUUUGUCUUGUGAUUCUGUUUAGAACAAAAAUAUCACUAGGUCGGUCAUGAGUUCUUCAUGAUAUUAGUGUUCAUGCCAUUUUGUAUAAUAACGUUUCCUGUCUGUUUUUGUUACCAUGAGAUGAGGUCUCGAACGAGUAUUAUAAUUGUUAUAGUUGUGUAUUGUUGGGACAGCUUCUCGGUCUUCUUUUUGCCACCCCCUUUCUCUCUGUUACAUAGAAGGGGGAAAACAAUCCCUCACACAGUCUAAUAUCCCGAUCGA